UGAUAGUAGCGUCCCAUUUAAUAGCAAAACGAGCAGCGAACCACACGCAACACAAUCAUGAGCUUCAAACCUUAUUGUGUCGGUGAAUGGCUUCCUUCCGAUCAGAAUGUUAUUGACAACUGGUUAGGCGAUUUGAUCACAGAAGUCAAAGCUAAAUCCAACGAUAAAUAUCAGUUGUUACUGGCUCUUCAUCCAGCAGCUGAAGAUGAAGAAACAGCCAUGGGUGAAAUUAAACCUGCAGUUACCAACGCUACAGAUAAAGAGCUCAAUCUCCAUCAACCGGUUGAAGAUCUGAAGAAUGCUAUUCUCUCCGACCCAGAGAUCAACAUGUUCUUCCAUCAAAUGUUCUGGCAACAGUACAAGCUUCCUGGUGAUCCGCACAAAAAGGUUCCGUCCUGGCAAUUGAUGAUUAUACUACUCGACCACAUCAUGACUAUAGCUCCAAAGUUCAAAAAAAGUGGUUUGGUUGCCAUCCCCAUCAGUGCCAUGUUGAACUGGCCGAUGGCUACGAAUGCUGGAUUUGCUGCUUUCCUGAACGACAAAGUCAACAGGUUGUUCAAGAAUAUUCUCAACUACUGGGGAAAGUUUCUAACCAGUCCCCAAUCUCGCUAUGUUCUGAAUGAUGAUCCUCGACAUGGUUGGCUCGGUGAGGACGCAAUGGAAGCAAUGCCAAACUUCGUCAAAUGGUUCCAAUGCAACCCACAUGAAGAACAUUAUGGAUUCAAAUCGUGGGAUGAUUUUUUCACCAGAGAGUUUCGCCCUGGAAUUCGUCCAGUAGAAUCUCCAGAUGAUGAUUCCAUUGUUGCCAAUGCCUGUGAGUCGGCGCCGUACAGAAUAUCCAGAGCCGUACGAAACACGGACUACUUUUGGAUAAAGCACCAACGCUACUCCUUGGAUUUCAUCCUGAACAUGAGUGACCUGGCCAAGCAAUUUCAUGGUGGAACAGUCUACCAAGCGUUCCUAAGCGCCCUCAGCUAUCACCGAUGGCACAGCCCCGUGUCGGGUACCAUUUACAAAACAGAACUUGUUGAUGGUUCCUAUUACUCUGCAACCCAUAACAUCAAGGACGACCCCUCAAUACCCAACACUGUGAAGUCACAAGGAUACCUGGCCCAAGUAGCUGCCCGAGGUAUUAUCUACAUCAAAGCUGACAAUCCUGAUAUCGGCUUGAUGUGCUUCGUAUCAAUCGGUAUGGUUGAAGUUUCCUCCAACGAAAUCACUGUUAAAGAGGGGGAUAAAGUGAAGAAAGGUGACCAGCUCGGCAUGUUUCACUUUGGUGGUUCCACGCAUUGUCUGAUAUUCCGACCUGGAGUAACCAUCGACUUUGAUACGCGAGGUCAAACGCCAAGUCUGGAUACAGUUAAUAUUCCAGUUAAAUCGAAAAUUGCCAAGGUAUAUCCAGCAGGCAAAAAGUAGUGAGGACUUCGACGAACAUUGAACUGUGAUUUCACAUGACUUAUACCCCGAUCAAAGGCGCUGAAACUUUAGGAACUAGUAAUUUUCUUUCGUUUCUUCUAACAGUUGUUCAGUUACUGGGAUAAAUGGAAUUUUUUAGAGAAGCUUAGAGACGCUUCAGCCGAUAUUAUUUUUACCUAAUUGAUGCACAUUUGAGAGAAAAUCAAGGGCUUCGAAGAAGUCUUAAUGCUUACAGUGUAGACCUUUUGGCUCAAAACUGCAAGAAAUCUUUUUGUUUUCAUCUUUUCGUAACAUGAGCGGGUAUGUUUAAUAAUUAUUCAUAGCAUGUUUUCAAAUCGAAGCAUCAAAUCAAGUAGUUUCUGACGUUUCAGGCUUCGCCGGCUUAACUGACCUAUGUCCCUUUUGUUUUGGCAUAUGCGACUGGGAUUUUUAAUUAAUCAGGCGUGCGAGCCCCAGGGUGCGAGCCCAAAGUGUUUGAGUUCGUAUUUUGAAAAUUACUAAAUAGCAUGGUUUUACAGGGUAAGAAAUGGGAGAAAACGUAGGUUAAUUCAUAUUUGUCCCAUUAUUACUUAGUCGGGGAAAAGGAAAAACUGCCCGGAUACAAUGGGCUUCAGAUGUCUUAUUUUACCUAAUUUGUCAUGCGGAGUUAUUACUUUACUGAGUUGUUUGCUUGUCUAUGUAGUCUUGAAACUAAAAACCCUUAGAAGAGAGAUGCACUAUGUGCAUGUUUUGGAUGUUUGCAUGUAACGAUAAUUUAAACUACCAAGUCUAACGGUUUAGUAUAAGAACAGUAAUUUUAUGUCAAACCUUGCAGUAUUCAUAUUGUCUAGUUCUGUACGAAACCUUACGUGCUGUGUGCAAAUAAAGAUCUUUGUCUUAAA